UCUCGUUGUUUGCUGCAAACAGGUAAACAAGUGAAAACCUCAAUGGGAACAGAAAACCAGACCUUUGUGAAUGAGUUUUUGUUACUGGGUCUUUCACAAGAUGCCCAGACCCAGAUCCUUCUGUUUGUUCUUUUCCUCAUCAUUUACGUGCUGACUGUACUUGGAAACCUGCUCAUCAUUAUCCUUAUCCUUAUGGAUUCCCGACUUCACACCCCAAUGUACUUUUUUCUUAGAAACCUGUCUUUUGCAGAUCUCUGUCUCUCAAAUAGCAUUGUUCCUCAAAUGUUGUCCCACUUCCUGGCAAAGAGGAAAUCAAUUUCUUUUUGGGGCUGUGUGACACAGGUAAUUGCCACCCUUCCGAUUGGCUGCACAGAGUGUGCUCUGCUGGCAGUGAUGUCCUAUGACCGGUACAUGGCUGUGUGCAAACCCCUGCACUACUCCACCAUCAUGACCCAACAACUAUGCCUCCUCUUGGCCUUAGGGUCCUGGGCCAGUGGCAUCCUAGUAUCCGUGAUAGACAUUACUGUUGCUUUUCGUCUUCCCUAUCGAGGGCAGAACACAGUCAGCCAUUACUUCUGUGAACUUCCUGCCCUCCUGAAGGUGGCGUCAGCAGACACUUACAGCACGGAAAUGGCCAUCUUUGCAAUGGGCAUAGUAAUCCUUCUAGCACCUGUCUCCCUCAUCCUCAUCUCCUACGGGAACAUCAUUGCCACUGUGAUCCAAAUACAGUCCGGGGAAGGGAGACUUAAGGUUUUUUCAACCUGUGGUUCCCACCUAGUAGUUGUUGUCUUGUUCUAUGGGUCUGGGAUAGUUAACUAUAUGCAGCCUAACACCAAAACCACGAAGAAGCGGGAUAAGAUAUUAUCUGUAUUCUAUACAGUGGUGACACCAAUGCUAAACCCCAUAAUUUAUAGUCUGAGGAACAAGGAUGUCAAAAGUGCCUUCAGGAGACUAGCUGCAAGAAUGACCUUCUUUCAGAAACAGUGACCUGUGGGUCUGGGUUUUAUCACCAUAGUAACAUCUUUGAAAUGGAGUAGGAUUUU